AUGUUAGACUCCUGCGAUCUCCGCUUUCCGAGUCAACCCACUGAACCUCCCCCUAACGCCAAUCAGGUUGCUUUCGCCCAACCAGCUGUACAGGCACCUCAACCCCAAUCUGCAACAGCACAAGAAAACCAACGGGUGCAACAGCCACUUCUUCUCAGUCAGGUCAGAAGCUGCGUCGGCACAGCGCAGGAAGAAGUUCCGCCUUGCGCACCUGCUGGAGGGGAGUUGCUGCAGCAGGCUCACCGUCAGCAGCAGCAGCUGCAGCACCACGAACAUCAGCAGCAGCAGCUCCUGUGGCCACACCGGCAGCAGCACCAGCAUCCACAGCUGCAUCAGCAGCGGCAUCUAUGCGAGGUGCAGCAGAAGGAGAGUCUGAAUUCAGACGUUCAAAACCCGACCUCUCCCUUCACAUCAUCUAAUUGUUUGGGGUUGGGGGCCCCACAUCCACUGCAGCGCGGCCAGUUGCCGUCCCCUCCCCAGUCAUUCUCUGUUCCUUUAGAAGCCGUUCAUCAGCAGAGACAGUCGGAGUCUCAAGCUGAGGGUUCUUCUUCACUGAAGGGCCCCAUAGAAACUGAGCCCCCGGCUGCCCCUACACCUCACCCACACAAACGACAUUCAGGGGGCCCCCGUCUCGGUUCAAGCGCUGAGCAGGUGGCUGCAGCAUUGUGCAGCACAGGGGGCCCCCAGGGCUGCCUAGAGGGGCCCCACAUACUGCCAGAGGUCGAGACGACAAGUUCUGAUGCCUCGGGAGAGAGGAGCUCGCAGCAGCAGCAGCAGGAGCAGCAGCAGCAGCAACAGCAGCAGCACCAGCAGCAACUUGUGAGACCCCCGGUUUCAGGGCACCCUCUUUGCUUCGCAGACGGCCCACCCCACCAGCGGGUGGACACCUCGAGGGCGGCAGCAACAGCAGCAGCAGCAGCAGCACGUUGUAGAUCCUUCAAGGUCCUACCAUCAGCAGCAGGAAACACGACUCCAGCAGCACCGGCGGGGGCUGCAGCAGCACCACCAAGAGCAGCAGCAACAGCAAAAGCAGCAACAGCAGCAGCAACAGGAGCAACAGCAGCAGCAGGAGCAGCAGCAGCACGAGCAACACGUAGCAUUGAGGGAGAUUUGUCUGGGGGUUCCUCUUUGUACCGAUCUGUUCGCCGUGCGUUAUCAACAGCUGUAAAGCGGUUAGAAGCAGCAGCAGCGGAACGCAUUCGCUGCUUCAUGGAUGAGGAGUACAGACACCUCGCGUCUCUGCUGCUAUCUGAAGAAGAGGAGGAGGCGCUGCUGCAUGGCUUGCUGCUGGGCCUCAAGCUCGAAAGCUUCACAGAUGCAGGCUUAUCAGCUCUCUUUGAGCUGCUUCAGGGGCUCCCAGCCGCUGCAGCAAAUGCUGCAGCACAAACCAAUUCAGGGGCCCCCCCAGACACCAGCUGGGGCCCCCCCGUCUAUGGUACUCUAACGAGCUGUCAAGACACCUCAGCAACAACCCAACGAGAAGCAGAAAUAACCCUUCCUCCUUGCAGCUCAAGAGGAAGGCUCGACCUAUCUGCUCAAUCAGCAAGGGGGCCCUCCCUGGGGUCCCCAGGGUCCCCUGGGGCCCCCACAGACUUUGUUCUUACACCCCGAGGAUCAAUUGUUGAGGCAGCAGCUGCAGCACUGCAGCCGGCAUUGCGGGAGUAUUUGGAUUAUAUUGAUGAAGUGGAUGGCUUCGUAGACAUCAUGAGUGAAAGCAAACCAACUCGCAACAGGUGUAUAUACACCCCAGACGGGGGGAGGCAGCAAGAGAGAGCAGCAGCUGCUGCUGGAGGCAAACACAAUGGCGGUGAAGUCAGGACCUCUCGUAUGCAAGCAGCAGCAGCAGCAGCAACGUCAAGAACAGCACCAACAGCAGCACGGGACUCGGGCAAAGCAGCAACAGCAACAGCGGCAGCAGCAGUAGCAGAUAUAGCUGUAGCUGCAGCAGCAGCUGCAGAAUUCAUGGAAGGCACAAGCGCAAAAGCCGGUCUCUCAGCUCUGACGCACAAACCCCAAAGAAGGAGGCCCCGUCACAGCGUCUCUAAGAGGGGGAUGGCAACGUGGGGGCCCCCAGCAGCUCUAGGGGGGCCCCCAGCAGCCCUAGGGGCCCCCUUUGAAGAGUCUUCACCUCUUCCUUUGACGGAAGGGAUUCGAGCGAAAAGGCAAUGUCAGGGGCUCCCUAGUGUGUCUUUCUUGUGCAGUUCUCCGUUGACUUCUGCUGGUGCUUGGGGCCUCCCCCACCUCAAGCACCAGCAACAGCAGCAGCAGCAGCAGCACCAACACUGGGGGCUGUCUAGCGAGAGAGAGAGCUUCCUCCUUGAGAAGAGUCAAGCUGUUUCCUCUCCUUCGCGGAUCUCUCCAUCGUGUGCAGAAUCCUUCCCUAUGAUUAACCCUUGCAAGCCGUGUACUGUAGAGGCCGCAUUCCGCAGCAGCAGCAGCAGCAGCAACAGCAGCAGCAGCAAGAGCGGGAUCUGCAGUGGUGCGUCUAGCGGGUGCCCCUGCAGCAGCAGUACGAGCAGCCGGGUUUUGAUUUCAUCUUCGUUGUGUCCAGGGGGUGUAGUAUGUGAUGCUGCGCCUCCUCCUUCCACCGUCACUUCGGGUGUAUGUACACCCGGUGCUGUUGAGGUCGGGGCUAUUUCUAGUCUGCGUUCUCCUGUUAAGGGGGUCUACUACGACAGUUUAAAGAAGCUUUGGCGUGUGCAGUGGCAAACCACCGCAGCAGCAGAGGGAGGGGGGGGGCCCCCAGGGGCCCCCGGAGAAGGCAAACGAAUUUCGCGUUCUUUUAGCUGCAAUCGACUAGGGUUUGAAGCUGCAAGGGCCAGAGCAGUAGCAUGGAUACUCUCUAGGGGCCUCGUUGGCGAUGGGGGGGGCCCCGGUUGGUUUCCGUCAGAUAUUUCAGGUGUAUGUGCAGCUCUACGCGCUGCAGAGACGUGGGAGAUGGUGCAGGAUACUCAAAUAAAAGAAUUCGCUGCUUUCGUUGACCCUAAACGCUUUCUUCUCAGAGUCGAGGGCUUCUACCUUACUGCAAAAAUGACAGGGGGGGGAGGCCUUGCACCCGCACCCACAAACAAAACCCCUUCCCCCCUAAGCAGCAGCAGCACCAGCAGCAGCAGCAGUAGUAAUGUGUGCAAUACGGACUCUCUUGGAGACCGUUUGAAUUCAUUCUGCGCUUCCGGGGGUCGCAGCGCCUCAGGGGGAAAGAGGGGGGCCCGUGGGGUGUCUACAGGAGGCAGACAAAGAGGGUUUUCUUCUCUUAGUCUCGAUGAGAUGCUGAAGAUUGUUUGGGGAGAGCCGCGAGAAGCUGCUGCGUUUAUUCUCGCUAGUGCAGCAGCACAAGGACAGGGGUUUUCUUCUUCUUCAUCUUCCUUUAUGUUGAAUGCAGGAACGAAUGAAACCAAGGGCCUGCUUUUUCUUGAAAAUAAAUUAACUACAACACCCAAUAAAAACGAACAGUGCUGCUGCAUUAAAAGGGAAUAA